CUGAAAAACAGUCUCCCGGAUGUACGUGCCUUUUAGCGGAAGUUGCAGUAAGCGUGCGGCAGCAACAUCAGCGGUGUGUCUCAGGCGGGUGUAGCUGUUUCUAAAAUCUACUCUUGACUGUGGAGAAACCCUGUGUCGCAGUAUGACCAGUGUGGAGACGGUGACCGCAGUAGGUCAGGUUCUGGUGGACCCAGCAGUGGGCCUGACCCGCCGCUUCAGAGCCUUAUUCACCCUGAGGAACCUGGGAGGUGCUGAGGCUGUGCAGUGGAUCAGUAAGGCCUUCAGUGAUGAGUCGGCCCUGCUGAAGCACGAGCUGGCGUACUGCCUGGGACAGAUGCAGGACACGAGCGCCAUCCCCUCCCUCACUGCAGUACUCAAAGACACACAGCAGGAUCCCAUGGUCAGGCAUGAAGCAGGAGAGGCUCUGGGGGCAAUUGGUGAUCUUGUGGUUCUUGACUUACUGAAAGAGUACAGUCAGGAUCCCGUCAUAGAGGUAGCAGAGACGUGUCAGCUGGCUGUGCGUCGUCUGGAGUGGCUGCAGACCAGAGGAGAGAAGCAGCUGGAUGAUGGGAGCACAGAUGAGAACCCCUACUGCUCUGUGGACCCCGCCCCCCCGGCAGAGAGGAAGAGUGUGUCAGAGCUGCGCAUCGCCCUGUUGGAUGAGACUCAGCCACUCUUUGAACGCUACCGUGCCAUGUUCGCACUGCGUAAUCUUGGCGACGAGGAGGCUGUGCUGGCACUGGGAGACGGCCUGCAGUGCUCCAGCGCUUUGUUCCGUCAUGAGAUCGGCUAUGUGCUGGGUCAGAUGCAGCACCCGGCGGGGGUCCCGGCCCUGCGUGCGGCUCUGGAGCGCUCCGGGGAGAGCCCCAUGGUCCGUCACGAGGCGGCAGAGGCUCUCGGCUCCAUCGGCAAAGAGGAGUGUCUGGCCGUGCUGCAGCAGUUCCGUGGUGACGGAGAACGUGUGGUGAAGGAGAGCUGCGAGGUGGCUCUGGAUAUGCUGGAGUAUGAAAACAGUGGGCAGUUCCAGUAUGCAGAUGAACUGGUCAGGUUACAGGGUUAAAAGUUAUAUGUUGCUUAAAAAAUGUGUUUUACUGAAAUUGCUUAUUUAACAAGUGAAUGCUGUCUGUACUAGAGUGGUGCAGUGAUGAUGUGAUUUAUGUUGGCUGAGGUCGAAGUUAGCAUCGCAAGGGCUACCUUAUGGGAGCAAUUUUUGGAUUUGGGAAUAUUGCAGAAAAUAAGAUCAGUUGCACACACACACAUAUAUGAUACUUACACAUUUUGUUCAGCAGGAUAAUCUCCACACUUUACACAACUUUGACGUGUUUUGAAGUGUUAUUGCGAAGUACAGAAACAAAGAAACUAACAUUAUAUAUCAGGGGCUCAUGACUAUCCACAAACCCUGGUAAGCUAAAGGUGGCUAAUGUUAGCAUGAUGAUGUUAACUUAUAUCAUUUAGUUGCUUGUUAGCAACUGCAGAUUUUUGAUGACACGUAGAAGCUUCAGAGGUUCACCAGUUGAAUACUUACUGACGUAUUUUAUGUUGUAGAUUAAACACUGAAGCUUGUAUUUACUGCUGGCCUUGUUUCAGGCAUCUAAUCAAAAACACAUGCAAAACACCUCUGACUUUUAGAUGAGUGAACUGGAAGUGGUAUAAUGCCGACUCAUUUCCAGGGUUUUGGACUCAUUACUGCACCACUCUAUUGUAUUGCCUUGUACAGCAGAGACAGCUGGACAUCUCAGGGCUGCAUCAAUAAAACGAUAGGAUCCUGUGGGAGGAAGCUUUACAGUACAAAGUAUGGAACUGAGAGCAUCCAGAGUUGGUGCUGUCACUUUGAGCUGUGUAUGGUAACGAUGAGGAGAGAGCACUCUUUGUUUCCCCCCCUUCAAGAUGCCACAGCAUACAUGUCCGCACCAUCAUUUGCACCUCCACUUUGCUCAUAUUGUUUUAUCUGGGAGCUUUUUGUGAUCAGUAUGGACUGCAUGUGUAAGUGUGGACAUUGGUUCUGACCCAGGCCUCCUGUCAGUGCAUUCUGCUUGGAUUAUUUAUCACAAGACAAAGAUCUAUCCUCUUUCUACUGUGGAUUUGCAGUUUGUUGGGAAGUACACAUCUCUCAUUGCAGGGGAACAUCAUCCCAAACUGGAAUCUGCUCCAGAGACUAAUGGUGAAACAUUUGAGUGAAACCUAAAUCUCUCAUGGUUGCUUGGUUACUAAAUAGCUGUAGAAAACAGGUUUGGAUUUUUGACUUUAUCCAAGUGUGUAAUGUAUGUAAAAUAAACACAAUGCUUUAUACAUGUA